GGCGACACUGGGUAGGCUGUGGUUCUGCUAGCUGCAGAACGCAGACUUCGGCAGGACGCGAUCGAGGUGACAGCUGCACUCCUUCCUGAGAGCUUCGGGUCCUCUGGGCGUGCCUUUACUCGUUUCGGUAUCUAGAGCCAGGCUGACUUUCAAUUUGCUUUGCCCAUGUGUGUACCAGAAUCAGUGCUGCAUAGUUUGAGCCUGAUAAGAUUGACCUUACUAAAGAGACAUUUAAGUCACAUCUGCCAAGAAGUAUGACUUGAAUGAAACUAACUUGUACAAGUUUUCAAUACUUUUAACCUGAGUUAUCAGCUGUCUGCAGUUAUUUGUAACCUGAGGGGUACACAGCCCCAAAGGGGAAAGUUAAGAACUGCAGAUCUUAGAUGCUGUGAGAACCCACUGCUGUACAGUCAUUCCUGUGAAAAUCAUUCAUGUGCUGGCAGCCCCUAAGGGAGCGUAAGCCAGGGACUUUGAUACCAUGCAGCAGAAGAGCCAAUUGUUUCUCCAAGCUUUGAAGUAUAGUAUUCCUCACCUUGGGAAAUGCAUGCAGAAACAGCACUUGAAUCACUGUAACUUCGCUGAUCAUUAUUACAAUAGAAUAAAAUUGAAAAAAUAUCAGCUAACCAAGUGUCUGCAGAAUAAACCCAGGAUCUCAGAGUUAGCAAGAAACAUCCCAAGUCGGAACUUCUCAUGUAAGAAUUUUCUGUCUAGUAAACAGGAAAACGAAAAACCCCUUUCAGAAAACAUGGAUGCGUUUGAAAAAGUGAGAGCAAAAUUAGAAACACAGCCACAAGAAGAAUAUGAAAUCAUCAAUGCAGAGAUUAAACAUGGUGGUUUCGUUUAUUAUCAAGAGGGCUGCUGCUUGGUUCGUUCUAAAGAUGAAGAAGCAGACAAUGAUAACUAUGAAGUUUUGUUCAAUUUGGAGGAACUUAAAUUAGAGCAGCCCUUCAUUGACUGUAUCAGAGUUGCUCCUGAUGAAAAAUAUGUAGCUGCCAAGAUAAGAACUGAGGAUUCUGAAGCAUCUACUUGUAUAGUUGUGAAGCUCAGUGACCAGCCUGUAAUGGAAGCUUCUUUCCCAAAUGUGUCUAGUUUUGAAUGGGUAAAGGAUGAAGAAGACAAAGAUGUUUUAUUCUACACCUUCCAGAGGAACCUUCGCUGUCAUGAUGUAUAUCGAGCCACUUUUGGUGAUAACAAACGUAAUGAACGUUUUUACACAGAAAAAGACCCAAGUUUUUUUGUCUUCCUUUAUCUUACAAAAGACAGUCGUUUUCUCACCAUGAAUAUCAUGAGCAAGACCACUUCUGAGGUGUGGUUGAUAGAUGGCCUGAGCCCUUGGGACCCACCUUCUAAUUUUGUUCCACAGCUAAUGAGAACAGCAGCCGAUACCCCUGCUAUUAUGAAUUGGGAUUUGUUUUUCACGAUGAAGAGAAAUACCAAAGUUGUAGAUUUGGACAUGUUUAAGGAUCAUUGUGUUCUCUUCCUGAAGCAUAGCAAUUUGCUUUAUGUUAAUGUGAUUGGUCUGGCUGACGAUUCAGUUCGGUCUCUAAAGCUCCCGCCUUGGGCCUGUGGAUUCAUAAUAGAUACAAAUUCAGACCCAAAGAACUGCCCCUUUCAGCUUUGCUCUCCAAUACGUCCCCCGAAAUACUAUACAUAUAAGUUUGCAGAAGGCAAACUAUUUGAGGAAACUGGGCAUGAAGACCCAAUAACAAAGACUAGUCGUGUUUUACGCAUGGAAGCCAAAAGCAAGGAUGGAAAAUUAGUGCCAAUGACUGUUUUCCAUAAAACGGAUUCUGAGGACUUACAGAAGAAACCUCUCCUGGUACAAGUAUAUGGAGCUUAUGGAAUGGAUUUGAAAAUGAAUUUCAGGCCUGAAAGGCGGGUGUUGGUGGACGAUGGCUGGAUAUUAGCAUAUUGUCAUGUUCGGGGAGGUGGUGAGUUAGGCCUCCAGUGGCACGCUGAUGGCCGGCUAACUAAAAAACUCAAUGGCCUUGCUGACUUAGAGGCUUGCAUUAAGACGCUUCAUGACCAAGGCUUUUCUCAGCCAAGUCUAACAGCCCUGACUGCUUUCAGUGCUGGAGGGGUGCUUGUGGGAGCAUUGUGUAAUUCUAGUCCAGAACUGCUGAGAGCUGUGACUUUGGAGGCACCUUUCUUGGAUGUUCUCAACACCAUGAUGGACACUACACUUCCUCUGACAUUAGAAGAAUUAGAAGAAUGGGGGAAUCCUUCAUCUGAUGAAAAACACAAGAACUACAUAAAACGUUACUGUCCCUAUCAAAAUAUUAAACCUCAGCAUUAUCCUUCAAUUCACAUCACAGCUUAUGAAAAUGACGAGCGUGUACCUCUGAAAGGAAUCGUAAACUAUACGGAGAAACUCAAGGAAGCCGUCGCAGAGCAUGCUAAGGACACCAGGGAAGGCUAUCAAGUCCCCAAUAUUAUUUUAGAUAUUCAGCCUGGAGGCAACCAUGUGAUUGAGGAUUCUCACAAAAAGAUUACAGCCCAAAUUAAAUUCCUGUAUGAGGAACUUGGACUUGACAGCACCAGUGUUUUCGAUAAUCUUAAGAAAUAUCUAAAAUUCUGAAAUGCUGCGUUCAUUGGGAACUGGAAACACACUGAAGUCUUUCAUAGUCAUAUUUCCAAUUAUGUUCACAAAAGUGAGUUUUUUAAGUUAGUAAAUAAUUUUUUAAAAAGUUUAUUCCCCAUCCAAAUUUGAUUUCAUAAACAGCUCACUUGCUUAUACCAGUGUCUCCACUGAGGCACAUGGCCCUUAACCCAGGAAAGUAACUUUCAAACCAUGCUGCGUAGAAGCACAUAGAGAAGGCAGUGGGGGAAGGACUGCUGACAGCAGAAGUCUCCCCUUUCUCCUUCAGAACAGCUUAGUUUUACUGUGAUUUUCUUUGAACAGUUUACACAUCAAGGUCCUAUUUCUGCUAGUGAAAAAUUUUAGGCACUCUGGCAAUUAAGUCAUCCUCCAAUUUCUAUACCUGCAUUUUCUGGAAGAAUGUAACGUACUUCCCAUUAAAAUUCAUUAGAUCUUUCUAAUCAUCUGGAGUCCUAGGUGCUCUGAUCAUCUCUUAUUGAUGCUAUUUCAAAAAGUUAUAAGAUCCUGCAAGUGAUCAUUUUCUUUUAAACAUUUUAUUAUUCUUGAAAAACAAUUUAAGAACCUUCCCUAAAGCAGUUUCACUCAAGUUACAGAAAUAUCUCAGAAUUAAUGACCAUUCGGGACUUCCCUGGAAGUCCAGUGGUUAAGACUCCAUGCUCCCAAUGCAGGGGGCACAGGUUUGACCCCUGGCCAGGGAACUAAGAUCCUACAUGCCAUAUGGUGCAGCCAAAAAAACCCCAAAAGAAUUAAUGACCACUCAUAAAGUUUACCCAGCAGCAUGCUGCUAUAUGUGAAGUUACUGCAAAUGUUUAGACUAGAACAGAAUGCCAGUGCCUCUAUCUCUUUCAUAGAGGUGCCUAACACAAGCUGUACAGUAUGUUUAAUACCCUGGAAUAGCAUGCCUUGUUGGAAAUAAAACAUCUAUCUUUGAAAGCUGUUUGACGAUGAAGGAGAUUCCUAGUGUUGUAUUCAAGGAUGAGUCCUUCUCCACUGGCCAGUGUAACAGCAUGCGUGUCAACUUCAUGGCCACUGUAGGCAGAAUUGGUACUUAACCUUAUCCUCACUCUUGUGGGAAUAUUUGAAAUCAUUUCCUUUAGAUUUAGCAGUGAUGAUUCUCCAAAAUUCAGAACCAUGAGGAAGACUCUGUUUAUCCCAUCCAGCUCUCUUGUGUACAUGAUAGAGUGGUUGUCAUUCCUCAAGUAGCAAAACCACCCCCUGCUGAGGAGCAGCUCACUGGCAUGAAGCAGGCUUAAUUCUUGAUAUAACUUCAGUGCUGAUCUGGGCUGAGUCUUUUGGACCUAUUUAAAAAAAAAAAAAAA